AUGAACGUUUUGAAUGGAAUAAUCGGCGAUUUGAGGCAGUUGGAUACUGAACUCGAUCAUCAGUAUAGGACAAUUGCGAAUGCUGUUCUUUUGUCGUCACAUCUCAAGUUGCUGGCGAUUGUAACAGCGGGCAAUGAUUUUCAACUGCAGUCCUAUCACGGUUUCCAACAUCUUCUGCAUCAAUCCACAUUUCGAUCGGCUCUCAAUCAGGUGUGUGCACUUGACGGAUUCAGUGUGGUGAACACGAUUGCUUCGUCACGAUAUUACUAA